CAGGCGCGCUGGCGACGGGGAGGGGGCGGCGGGCGCGGCGUCCACGGUGGGGCCCGGGAGCCCCGCUGAGGGGGACGAGACUUCGGGCCGGGAUCGAUGCUGCGGCCGUGGGGUGCGGGAGCCGGUCGGCCGAGGCGUGCAGCGGCGCUAGGCGGCCAGGGUAGCGACGCCGCCGCCUCUCCCUUCUCCUGCCCCUCUCCCUGCUCCCCUGCGUCCUCCUCCUCGCUGGGUCCCCGCCGCCGCCGCCGCCUCAGCCUCGGCGCUUCUCGGGCUUCUCUUCUCCAUCAAGGCCGGGCCGCCCCGCAGGGACCAUCCCGGAAAGUGAGGGGCUGUUGCCGUUUCCCGCAGCUGUUGGUGGCCAUCUUUAAUCCUCCUCCUCCUCCUCCUCCUCCUCCUCCUCCGGCUUUCUCCACCUCCCGCUGGCUGCCUGACUGA